GUCAACUGCUGGAAGCAUCUCAGCAAAAUACUCCUCUGUGACUUUAAAGUAAACGAAUACUCACCUGAUCCUCAAACAAUUUGGAGAAACAGCUUCCGUAACCCUGCUGCAGAGCUGAGGUGGGACCCAUUGAGGCAAAGGGAUCACUUGUUCAGCCUUGAUGGCCUUUCAGGACCUCCUGGAUCAAGUUGGAGCCCUGGGAAGAUUCCAGAUCCUUCAGAUGGUUUUCCUUUGUAUCUCCAACCUCGUAGUGUACCCUCAUAUUCUAUUAGAGAACUUCACUGCAGCUAGCCCUGGUCACCGUUGCUGGGUCCACGUCCUCGACAAUGACACUGUCUCUGCUAACGGCACUGGGAUUCUCAGCCAAGAUGCCCUCCUGAGAAUCUCCAUCCCACUGGACUCAAACUUGAGGCCAGAGAAAUGUCGUCGCUUCAUCCAUCCCCAGUGGCAGCUCCUUCCCCUGAAUGGGACCUUCUUCAACAUGAGUGAGCGGGACAUAGAGCCCUGUGUGGAUGGCUGGGUGUAUGACCAAAGCUCCUUUCCCUCCACCAUCGUGACUAAGUGGGACCUGGUAUGUGAAUCUCAGUCACUGAAAUCAAUGGCCAAAUUCUUAUUCAUGACUGGAACGCUGGUGGGAGGCAUCAUAUUUGGCCAUUUAUCAGACAGGUUGGGGAGGAGGUUAAUUCUCAGGUGGUGUUUCCUCCAGCUGGCCAUUGCUGACACCUGCGCAGCCUUUGCUCCCACCUUCGCCAUUUACUGUGUGCUCCGCAUCUUGGCUGGCUGUUCUACCAUGACCAUCUUGACAAAUACUACUAUGUUGUUUGUAGAAUGGACAGAACCCCGACUGCAAGCCAUGGCAAUAGCAAUGACUAUCUGUGCUGCUUGUGUGGGACAGAUGACCCUGGGAGGACUGGCUUUUGCCAUUCGAGACUGGCACACCCUUCAGCUAGUGGUUUCUGUACCAUUAUUUGUCUUUUUUCUUUUCUCAAGGUGUCUGGCAGAGUCUGCUCGGUGGCUGAUUAUCACCAACAAACCUGAGGAGGGCUUAAGGGUACUUAGAAAAGCUGCACACAGGAAUGGAAGGAAGAAUGCUGGAGAAGCCCUCACCAUGGAGGUUUUGAGAUCCACCAUGCAAGAGGAGCUGGAGGCAGCACAGAAAAAACUUUCUGUGCGUGACUUGUUCCGCACACCUAUCCUGCGCAGAAGGAUCUAUUUUGCAUCCUUUGUGAGAUUUGCAAGCUACAUGCCCUUUUUUGGCCUGAUUCUCCAUCUCCAGCACAUGGGGAGCAAUGUUUUCCUGUUCCAGGUUAUCUUUGGCAUGGUCAAUCUCCCCGCCAGUUACAUUGCAUUCUUGGCGCUGAAUCAUAUGGGCCGUCGAGUAAGCCAGAUGCUUUUCAUGUCCGUACUUGGAAUCUCCAUUCUGACCACCACAUUUCUGCCUGAAGAAAUGCAGACCCUGCGUGUUAUUUUGUCAACUUUGGGAGUAGGUGUUUCUUCUGCAGCUGUCAUGUGUUCUUCUGCCCAUGGAAAUGAGCUACUUCCUACUGUAAUCAGGGCAACAGCUAUGGGAAUCCUGGGACUUGCUGGUAGUAUUGGAGCAGCGCUGGCUCCCCUCUUGAUGAUCCUAACCAUUUAUUCUCCCCACCUGCCCUGGAUCAUGUAUGGAGCCUUCCCCAUCCUCGCUUGUCUUGUUGUACUCCUCCUUCCUGAAACCAGGAAUCAGCCUCUGCCUGACUCCAUCCAGGACGUGGAAAAGGAGAGAAAAGGCCCAAGAAAAGCAAAGAAGGAAGAUACCUUCAUGAAAGUGACACAGUUUUAAGGAGUUCCAGGAACUAACUGCUAAUCAAAGAGCAAAAUAGAGGAAGGAAAAUCAGGAUCAUCCGCAGAUACUGGAAAACUCUGUAAAAUAAAUAAAAUAAAAAGAUAUAAUGGAAUCAUGGAUCCCAUUUACAAUUGCAGUACUAAGUAACUAUAUAUAAAAUGCCUACAAUUAAUCAUGAGAAGUUUGAGGAAAGUCAUAAUUCUUAAAAAUGUGUUUUAUUACUGAAGUCUCAUUGACAUAUAAUGCUAAAUUAGUUUCAGGUGCACCACAUAGUGAUUUGACAAUUCUAUAAAUUAAAAGUCAUAAUAUUUUAAAAGGAGUCAUGGUAAAAUAUGUGUAAAAUUGUAGAUGUCCACGUUGAAGCAAAUGGUGGGUAUUUGUCAUUUCUAAUAGCUGAGUAAUAUUCCAUUGUAUACAUAAACCACAUCUUCUUUAUCCAUUCAUCUUUCGUUGGACGUCUAGCAUGUUUCUGGUUGAAAGGAUAGAAUAGCAUUAAAAACACUGAUUCUGUUCCAAUUAAUUGGUAGAGUAAUUGACAGAGUAAUUACAAUGCAAAACUCCAUUCUUUUGGGACAACUCAAAAAAGAGUUCCAAAUGUAUGUACAAAUUACAUAAUAUACAAAUGUACAAAUUAAUAAUAGACAAGAUGAUUGAGCAAAAAGAGGCUCAGGGAGGGAGGGUGCGGCAGGUGUUUGGGGCAGCAUAUGCUAAAAUGAGAUGUGAUAGGCCUAAAACACAAAUAACAGAUGCAUUGACAAAUCCAAAGGAGUCCAGAAUGAUAUGGUAGCAUGUAUGACACAUAAAUUUUAUAAUUAGGGCAUUGUAAAUCAAUGGUAAAGAUGAAUGAGUCCCAUUAACUGACUUUAUAAAUAAAUGCCUAAUAGUU